GCGGCGGCGGCUGCCGCGGUGGGAAGUCGCCUCUGGUCCUGCGCCUUCGCCGCUGCCGGGCGGGGGGGGGGUUGGCGCGGCGAGCAGCAUGGAAGCGGUACCACGCGAGGAGAAGCCCAACCCGCUGCAGGAUGCCAACCUCUGCUCCCGGCUUUUCUUCUGGUGGUUGAAUCCUUUAUUUAUUAUUGGCCAUAAACGGAAACUUGAAGAAGAUGAUAUGUAUAAAGUGCUGCCAGAAGAUUCUUCAGAGAAGCUUGGAGAGGAAUUGCAGUGGUACUGGGAUAAAGAAGUGCAAAAAGCAAAAAAGAGAGGAAAAACACCACAUUUAACAAAAGCCAUUAUUCUUUGUUACUGGAAAUCCUAUUUAGUUUUUGGAAUUUUCACAAUGAUUGAGGAAACCCUCAAAAUAAUUCAGCCAAUAUUUUUGGGAAAAAUUAUUAAUUAUUUUGAAAAAUAUGAUCCCUCAGAUGAGGUAGCUUUGAAUUUUGCAUAUUGCUACGCAGCUGCUCUGUCUGUGUGCACGCUUAUUCUAGCUAUAAUGCACCACUUAUACUUCUAUCAUGUACAGCGGGCUGGCAUGAAGCUGAGGGUAGCUAUGUGUCAUAUGAUUUAUCGGAAGGCACUUCGUCUCAGUAACGUAGCGAUGGCAAAAACUACCACUGGUCAAAUAGUAAAUCUUCUGUCAAAUGAUGUCAACAAAUUUGAUCAGGUAACGAUUUUCUUGCACUUUUUGUGGGCUGGACCAAUUCAAGCUGUAGCAGUAACAGUGCUUCUCUGGAUGGAGAUAGGCCCAUCGUGUCUUGCAGGAAUGGCAGUUCUGAUUAUUCUUCUUCCUAUCCAGACCUGCAUUGGAAGGCUUUUUUCUUCCCUAAGAAGCAAAACAGCUGCCUUAACAGAUGUCAGGAUUAGGACCAUGAAUGAAGUUAUAAGUGGCAUGAAGAUAAUAAAGAUGUACGCUUGGGAAAAAUCAUUUGCCGACCUUGUGAAUAACUUGAGAAGGAAGGAGAUUGCCAUGGUUAUGAAAAGCUCCUACCUUCGAGGACUGAACUUGGCCUCUUUCUUUGUGGCAAGCAAAAUAACGGUGUUCAUGACUUUCAUGGCCUAUGUGCUACUGGGCAAUGUUAUCUCUGCAAGUCGGGUGUUUGUCGCGGUGUCCUUGUAUGGUGCAGUAAGACUGACAGUCACUCUCUUCUUCCCUGCGGCUGUUGAGAGAGUGUCCGAGGCAGUGGUUAGCAUACGACGAAUCAAGAACUUUCUGGUACUCGAUGAAGUCUCACACUGCACGCCGCAACUGCAUAGUAACAAUGAGAACAUCAUUCUCCAUGUUCAGGAUUUGACUUGCUAUUGGGAUAAGAAUUCAGAAAGCCCAGCACUUCAACAACUUUCGUUUACUGUCAGACAAGGGGAAUUACUGGCAGUGAUUGGUCCUGUGGGAGCUGGAAAAUCUUCGCUCUUAAGUGCUGUGCUUGGUGAGCUGCCUAAAGACAAAGGUUUGAUAAACGUUACUGGAAGAAUUGCCUAUGUUUCUCAGCAGCCUUGGGUGUUUUCUGGUACAGUAAGAAGUAAUAUACUGUUUGACAAGGAAUAUGAGAAAGAAAAGUAUGAAAAAGUUUUGAAAGUCUGUGCUCUCAAAAAGGACUUGGAGUUAUUAGAAAAUGGUGACCUAACAGUAAUAGGAGACCGUGGAGCUACGCUGAGUGGGGGACAGAAGGCCCGUGUAAAUCUGGCCAGAGCUGUGUAUCAAGAUGCAGACAUCUAUCUUUUGGAUGAUCCCCUGAGUGCAGUAGAUGCUGAAGUCGGAAGACAUUUGUUUGAAAAAUGUAUUUGUCAGGCCUUACAUCAGAAGAUCUCUGUUUUGGUCACUCAUCAGCUGCAAUAUCUCCGUGCUGCAAAUCAGAUUCUGAUUUUAAAAGAUGGUAAAAUGGUGGGGAAAGGUACCUAUUCAGAGUUCCUGAGAUCUGGCAUCGACUUUGCUUCCCUUUUGAAAAAAGAUGAGGAGGUAGAACAGUCAUCAGUUCCAGGAACCCCCAACUUGAAGUCUGCGCGGAGCCGAACCUUCUCAGAGUCCUCUGUCUGGUCCCAGGAUUCUUCUGUCCACUCACAGAAAGAUGGAGCAGUGGAACAACCACCUCCUGAAAAUGCACUGGCUGCUGUGCCAGAGGAGAGUCGCUCUGAGGGAAAAAUAAAAUUCAAGGUUUAUAGAAAAUAUUUCACUGCAGGAGCAAACUACUUUGUGAUUUUUAUACUUAUAGUAUUCAAUAUUUUGGCACAGGUGGCAUACGUGCUCCAGGACUGGUGGCUUUCUUACUGGGCAAAUCAUCAAGAAAAGUUGAAUGUCACAACAAAUGGGAAUAAUGGAGGGAAUGAGACUGAACAUUUAGACCUUAACUUUUAUUUGGGAAUUUACGCAGGUUUGACAGUGGCCACAAUACUGUUUGGCAUAAUAAGGAGUCUACUGGUGUUUCAAGUUCUUGUUAAUUCUGGUCAGAAUUUGCACAACAAAAUGUUUCAGUCCAUUUUGACAGCACCUGUCUUGUUUUUUGACAGAAAUCCUAUAGGAAGAAUCUUAAAUCGUUUCUCCAAAGAUAUUGGCCACCUGGAUGACUUGCUUCCAUUGACAUUUUUGGACUUUGUGCAGACUCUCCUACAGAUUUUUGGUGUGGUGGCUGUGGCUGUGGCAGUGAUUCCUUGGAUACUCAUCCCUUUAAUUCCACUAUUUAUUCUUUUCAUUUUUCUUCGACGAUAUUUCUUAGACACUUCAAGAGAUAUUAAACGUCUGGAAUCCACAACUCGAAGUCCAGUGUUUUCCCACUUGUCAUCAUCCCUCCAGGGACUUUGGACUAUUCGGGCUUUGAAAGCAGAGGAAAGAUUUCAAAAAUUGUUUGAUGCACACCAAGACCUCCACUCAGAGGCCUGGUUUCUAUUUUUGACGACCUCGAGGUGGUUCGCUGUGCGUCUGGAUGCCAUCUGUGCUGUUUUUGUUAUAGUGGUUGCUUUUGGUUCCCUGCUUCUUGCCAAGACUUUGAAUGCAGGGCAGGUUGGCUUGGCGCUCUCCUAUGCAAUCACCCUUAUGGGAACAUUCCAGUGGGGUGUUAGGCAAAGUGCUGAAGUUGAAAACCUGAUGAUAUCAGUAGAAAGAGUAAUGGAAUACACAGAACUCGAAAAAGAAGCACCUUGGGAGACCAACAAGCAUCCACCCCCUGAUUGGCCAAGCCAAGGAAUGAUAGCAUUUGAAAAUGUUAACUUCACUUACAGUCUAGAUGGACCUUUGGUGUUAAGACAUUUAUCUGUUUUAAUUAAACCAAAAGAAAAGGUUGGAAUAGUGGGAAGAACCGGUGCUGGGAAGAGCUCUCUGAUAGCAGCCCUCUUUCGCUUGGCAGAACCCGAAGGAAAGAUUUGGAUUGAUAAGUAUUUGACAUCAGAGCUAGGACUCCAUGACUUGAGGAAGAAAAUUUCAAUUAUACCUCAGGAGCCUGUUUUAUUCACUGGAACAAUGAGGAAAAACUUAGAUCCUUUCAAUGAACACACCGAUGAAGAACUGUGGAAUGCCUUGGAAGAGGUGCAGCUGAAGGAGGUUGUGGAAGAUCUACCUAAUAAAAUGGAGAUGCAGCUGGCAGAAUCUGGGUCUAAUUUUAGUGUUGGUCAGAGACAGCUGGUGUGUCUUGCCAGAGCGGUUCUAAAAAAAAAUCGGAUCCUUAUCAUCGAUGAAGCAACAGCAAAUGUAGACCCAAGAACAGAUGAGUUCAUUCAAAGGACAAUCCGUGAGAAGUUUGCUCACUGCACAGUGCUGACCAUCGCGCACCGGUUGAACACUAUUAUUGACAGUGACAGGAUUAUGGUUUUAGAUGCGGGAAGACUGAAAGAAUAUGGUGAACCUUACAUUUUGCUGCAAGAACAAGAUGGCUUGUUUUACAAAAUGGUGCAACAAGUGGGCAAGACAGAAGCAGCUUCUCUGAUUGAAACAGCAAAACGGGUGUACUUCAGUAAGAAUUACCCAGAAGUUGUUCAAAAUGGUCAGCUUGCCACAGACUCCUCCUCGGAUCCUUCCUCAGGAUUGUGCAUAACUGAAACUGCACUGUGAUUCCUAAUAUAACUUGUAACUGUUUCCCAUAGAAUGUAAACCUUAAGUCAUCUAAAUUCAGUGGCAAUAUUUGCAAGUGUCAGCGGGAGAGGAAAGGGUAGGAGGCGAUUCUUUGCACUGGACAUCCUUCCUAUUUAAUACUGAGAAGAAAUAUUUUACUGUUCCUUUCUUUCUUUAAUUUCAGUGCAAUAUGUUUCCGUUUCCAACUAUGUAUUGCUAAGGAAAUUAGGCAGUCAGUUUUUAUUUGAAAGUUACAUGGCAGAGAUCUCUUUUAUUUAAACAGGUGCAGGACACCUAACAGGUCUAGGGUGCAUAUUUGGAGCGUCUUACUAAAACAAAAAGAUGGAGUGCAUCCUUUUUUCAGGAGUAUUUUGAGGGUGAGAAAAACCAAAAUGUUUUCAGUGUGGCUUUAGCAGGACAGCUGUGUGUAAACAGCAGAUUCGAUAGGAUACAAGUUGAUUGUGUAGUUCAGCAGUCUUUCUACGUGUCAUAAGUAGCUAUGCAGGUUGGUAGGAAAAAAAAAAUUGAACAAGCCAAAAAUACUUUUUCUUUUUGAUAGCAAAAAGUACUAUAUAUACUUAUUUUUUUAAUAAAUAAUUCAAAUAAUGCUGUUUGAGAUGAAUGUAAAUAUUAGUUUAUUCUGCUGAAAUCCAAAUGCUGAAAAAUCAAUCCCAAUCUUCUGUACUUUAGAAGAAAACUACCACAUUUGCACUGAGUAAGUAUUUAAAUAAUUUAACAUACAUUCCUCUUUUUAUGCAGGUUAUCAAAGAAAAAAAGGUAUUAAAAUAACUUGAGGAAAUAUUUGAAUGACAUGUCAUUAUACCUAAAUACUGUGUAGUGCAAAGUUAUCUUCAACACAGCACAUUGAAAUGUAUACAUUAUUUGCAUUUAUUGUGCCUUAAUAUUUGUGCCUUCAAGCCAAAGCUGUAACUGCAGGGUACAUAACAAAUUCAUUAAAUAUAUGUUAAAAAUAUGUAACCUUAGUAUAUUUAAAGUUUUGCAUCAGGGGUGUUAUUGAACUCGAGCUGUUUGAAGUUACCAUCCCACCAGAACAGGUAGAAAAAGUGCAACUUGUAGAUUUUAGUGGCGGUUGCUGAUAGUGAGAGGCAUGCGGUGAGAGAAAGGGGUUUGGCAUUUGCGAGUUAUAUCCUGAUUCAGCAAAACGCUUUAAUACAAAGGCACUGUUUCUAUGUUUAAAAGAAAUAAUAAAAAUCAAGCAAGUGCUGUGCUCCUUCAGAUUUUUUCGGGUUUAUUGAGAUACCUACUCUUUGAGGUCCAGCAAAAAAGAAAUCUAUUCAUCUUACUGUUUGGAGGGCACAGGAGAGACUGAAAGGCAACGGAUCUCUUCAGGACAUGGAAAACACAAAUGUUUCUCAUUUCAAGCAGUUCUACCAGCAAAUAACUAACUAACAAAAUCACCCUUUCCUUGUCAAGGCCAAAGCCUGUGCCUCAGCACAAGAGCUUGUACAGAUGGAUUUUGGUCUGCUCGGGAGUCAGCCAGCCCAGCAGUGAAAGGUAGAAUCCUCCCUGCAGUGAGAAUUGCUGUCCUUCUCUGAGAUCUUGGGAGAGAGGACCUCUUGUCCUUAGCUUGCUUUUGGCAGGUUCUGAUGUUUCUUCUGUGGCACCUUACACAAUAACAAAUUCCCUUGAGAUCAGUGGAACUGAACUGGGUGCAGUCAUGCCCAUCAUGAGGCUUGUGCCACGUCUGGUGCUAAACAACAGUCACCGACAGCUACCUGUCCCCAAAGCCACGUGGCUCAGAUUGGCUCGUGCAAGGGGUGCUUAUGACUAACCCUUCUGAGAGCACACCAGCCACCUCCACUUUGUCUUCCUCAGGCUCACGCGGUCCACUUACAGACCUAGCACGCAGUUACCAUCUAAUGUGUUUUACUGUGCUUCCUUCGUCAAUUCAAAUUAUCUGAGAUAAGGACAAGCCUAUUCUGCACCUCAGCAGAGUAGUGUUUGUAUUGCAGAGGUUAUGUGAAGAAGGAGAGCAGCGUUUGAGUGCAUAAAGUCACGUGGGAUAAUGCAAGCAAACUGUGAAGCAUAAAAUAAGUUCAACCUGCGUGAUCCUGUCUGUAACUGACUUUCUGGAAGGGAUCCACAGUGUGAACCAUUGCUCAAGCUUUGUCAUGGAGAGACCUGGCUGGAGUGGUCCAAAACAGAGCUUAGGUGAGCUGACCAGAAAGGCAGUGUCAACGCUUUCUAGAGCCUGGUGCUUGAGCCCAUUUGUUUACCUUUUUUUAUGGAGAAGUGUGGACAAAUCCAGAGUCUGUGUUUUACAAUAGUGAAUUAUUUUUAUUUCUAAAUAAUUAGUUCUUAGUAUGAUGGAUCAUAAUACCCUGAGGCUUUUAAAUGCUCUGGGAGAAGACCACAGUCUCAAGGCUGUAUACUUUGAGUCUGUAUUUUUUUAUGAGAACCACGGAGAUAUGCAUGCGUAAACCAAGGGUAUAAUUACAGUCUUAGUUCAUUUCAGCUCUGAAAUGAAUCUAUGGUAAGUUAUAUUUCAGAGCAGAGCUCCAAAACGCUGGCUGCUGCAGACUCAGUGGUAUGAGACCCUGACAGAUCUAGCAAUCAGUCUAUGAGCUAGAAUUAAUUUGAUCCUGUAGCUUUUUGAAUGUGCACAAAAAUGUUAGGUAUCUCUAAAAAUGCUGAUUCUCCUUCUUCACAUGUUUUGGCAGGACAUUACUGGCUGUAGGUAUCAAAUAUCAAUGUAGGAUAAAGUAAUUUUGUUACAAAAUCACACCUAAAACCCAUAAAUUGCUGAGUAGAACAAGUGAUCGUGAGCCAUUUGUGUCUGUCAUUGGCAUUAUAUCAUCUUUUUACCUUUCAAGUAACAAAAUAUUUCAAUCAGGAAGUUGGCUUUUGGAUUCUUUGGUUGGUUUUGCCAUCGAUAAGUUGUUUUGUUUAGAUGACUGGUAGCUAAGAUUGACCAGUUUCAUUUGAGUCGAGUAAAAAAAUACAAUGUACCUGAGUGACAAAACCUGCUUCAGGGAUGAGAAAGGCCUUCGUUUGGUGAAAGUCUUUAAUGAACAAGUUAACUUUCCAGCAAAGCAGUUUCUGUUUCCGUUUAAAGAAAAGUUCAAAUAGUUCUUAAACCUCCACGUUGAAAAAUGUCACGCUUUAUUUGGAAAUGGCAAAUCAUGUUACCACAUCAGCUGCAUUCCUUCCUGAGGAUCUUGAAAAAAAAGAACUCAGUCUUCGGAGUUAUUCAAGCCUUUAAAAUAUGUCUUCACCGUGAGGUGCCUUAAAGUAAUUCCAGAGUCUUGUUUCUAAUCAAUAUCAUUUUAUACAGCAAUACUGAAAAUCAUCAGUUACAGAACUGGUGUUUGUUUGGUGUAAAAGACAAGGAACAGCUUCUACUUCUGAUCUCAAGGAUUGUUCUUCAGGCGUUCAUUUGGGUAUACCUUUGCUCCACUCCUCAAAAGGUGACCACUGGGAGAGUCAAAACCGACACACUUCUCAAGGAUAGGUUAUCUCCCGUUUUGCUUGUUUUCAGGGCAAAAUUGUCUUAAGUGAACUGAACCAGAGCUCAUUUGCCAGAUACGCAUAGUCUGUGGUACCAUUCAUACUGCCCUUUGGUAGAAGGAGGACUUUCUGACCAACAUCGGUAAUGCUGCUUAAGUUGAUGUUGAUGGUUUCAUUUAAUCUUCUCAAUACGUGUCUAAAAUGUGGUUGCACAAAGAAUCAGAAGAUGGAAAAAAGAUCCAAGAGUCAAAGAAACUGUCCUGAAAAUGCUGCUUUCUGUGUUGGUCUGACCCUUUGAAAUAUUUCACUUUAAAGUUUUCCUGUUUGGAGAUGGGGAGAAAGAAUGGAGAUCUCUUCUUUCCUGUGAUGGUGUUGAGCAUCUGACACAUUAACAGAAGGAUGUGGCUUUCUGUGUAUGUUUUACACGGUGUAACAGUGCACUGCUUUUUCAUCUUUUUAACUCUGGUUUUGUUUUGGUUUUUUGCACUCAUGUAAUAAUUUGAUUUUGAUACUGCUGUGGAAUUAUUUCUUUUGUUGAUGUUCAUGUGACAACUCCUGCCAUACAAUAAAAGGCGUUUCUCAGAAGCGU